CUUGAGUAUCGCUCUGAAGACGGAUGCUGAUGGAGCCGGGGAUAGGAAGACGGUCUAUAGUAAAGCCACCACCUCCAAUUGUAGGCCAUGUGAGCCAUCAUAAUAUUGAACUGAGUUGGAACUUGGAAGAACAACGAAAAGGUCCUCAAGAGCAAUGGCUAAAAUUUUCGGUUGAAGGAGAAGACCCCAAGUUGCAUAAAUAUGGUCUGAUUUAUACGGGAUAUGCCCGACAGCAUGUUGUGGAAGGUCUUGAACCUAGAACAACGUACAGAUUUCGACUUAAAGUCACAGAUCCUAAAGGAGAAUCUGUUUAUAGUUCACCUAUUUGUGUAACUACAACAAGUGAACCAAUGAGUGGAGAACAGCUCCACCGUGCUGUAAGCAGGAAUGAUUUAGAGGAUGUUAUUCAUAUUCUUCAAGGAAGGCAAAUUGUAGUAAAUACACUCAAUAAACUAGGACUUUCAGCAUUGAUGGUUGCUUCACAAAAAGGAUAUACAAGGCUUGUACAGGUUUUGGUAGAAAAUGGAGCAGAUGUGAAUCUGAAAAAUACCAGUGGAAAAGACAGUUUAAUGAUAGCUUGUUUCGCUGGUCACCUGGAUAUUGUCAAGUAUCUUAGAUCCAAAGGCGCUUCCUGGCUAAGUAGGGACUUCGGCGGAUGUACAGCUAUGCAUUGGGCUACAGAUGGAGGGCACUGUGAUGUUAUUGAAUGGAUGAUCCAGGACGGCUGUGAGGUUGACCCUAGAGAUUCUGGCUUGGAAUGGACUCCUCUAUUGAGAUUAUGCGCAUUAUCAGGAAAAACAGAUGUAGCCAUAAUUUUAAUAAAUGCUGGAGCUGAUGUGAACGUAAAAGAUAAGGAUGGCAAGACAUCUCUGAUGGUGGCAGCUUUAAAUAAUCAUGAAGAUUUGGUUGCAUUAUUAUUAGAGAAGGGAGCAGAUCCUGAUAUUAAAAAUGAGUUUGGUAAGGGCGCUCUGGAAAUGGCCAAAGGGUUGAACAGGCAGAGUGUGGUUUCAAUAAUAGAAGAAAAGAAAAAGCAAUUAAGCAAUACCGCUGUUGAUCUUGCAUCUACCCCUUCACAGUUAUUUGAAGAAAGUGCAUCUUAAUCUUUUUUUCCCAGGAAAGUGAGACUAUGAAGAUUGAUUUCUGUUUGUUUUCUUUUUUCCUGUAAGUUUUUUUUUAUCAUUCUUGGACACUUUGAUUAAAAUGUUUCCUUCUUGAGGAUUUUCUCUGGCAUUUUACAUUUAUCUGAAUUUUAAAACCGUCUUUAAUUAUGUUUUUAUAGUAAUACUAUGUUCUUCUAUCCUUUGGAGAUUGAUUUUAAAACCCGAAUGCUAGUUAUAAUUAGCACACCUCAAUAUGGAGUUUGUCACAUGAUAUGUCCCACUUGAAUUUUUCACUAACUGGAUGGGAACUAUGGAAUCUGGGCACUAAAUCUUUUGUCAACCAUGAUCCUGAUUAAUGUCAGUGAAAACAGUUUCUGCUUGGAAAUAGUAGAUGCCAUUAAAAAUAUGUCUAGGACACAGCAAAAAAAAUUAAAAAUUAAACCACUCCUCUCAUAUGCAUUACCCGCCCGUGCCCCUCCCUCCAGCCACCUGGAUCCUCUGUUUUUUUCAAGAAUCAAGCAGCCAAAGGCAAACUGCAACAAUCAGUUUAUCAAAGCAAUCAAUGCCAGGGAGUUGCAGUGCCGGGUUUUAGUGUAACAGGUUUUCUGCAAUGGAACACACUGAGAAUAGCAAUUGACAAAGUAGGAAAUAGCUCAUGGUCAGGAUCUUGAACACAAUCCUAAAGACUGCUCAUAUAAUUCUGAGUACUUAAGGCUAGUACAGCUUUACAUCAGCCAGGAGUUUAGUAGUUAUAACUUGGCAAUAUAUAGAGAGGCAGUUGAAGCAGAAAUUACAGUCCCCAUAAUAAGCAUGUCGUUCUAACAGACACUUAAGACUGAGACAAUACUACUGGCUAUAGUGGGAUUUAUCUCUGAGUAAACAUUCAUUGGAGUGCUCUGUUAGGGCAUUAGACAGUUCAGACCUCUCUCUGAAUAUAUUUCGUUGAAUUUAAAUGGAAAUUCUGGUUAGAUGUUUGGAAUUGUAAAAUACAAUUCGCAAUUGUAAAUCAUUCAUGAAAUCAAUUAGUGGUUUUUUUAUUGAAAAAAUGAAUUUGUUCUUACAUGGCCAAAUUGAAUUUGUAUCUUUAUGUAGAGUGUUCUCCAGAGACUGUAUUCCUGUUUAAAGGUGAGAAUGAAUGUAACCAGCAACUGUACAUUUCUAAUAUUUCUGUUAAAGCCUGACAUCCACAAGCCAUUUGAAAUCUACUGGGAUUUCCAUUUGGAUUCAAUAAUUAUUUUGAUCUAAUGAACUAGGAAUGGGUUCAUAACCAGUUUCUUCCUAUAUUCUAACGUCAAUGGGAAAAAAAAUUCACAAACAUUUGAGUCUAAAACCUACUCAUAAAAUUUGGCUGGGCAUAUUUUCUACCUAUAUUUUGUUUAGCUUUAUGAAGUGCAAUGCACAAUGCAUUUUAAGGUAUAGUCUUAUGGGCUUAGAGAGAUUAUGACUAUAGAAUAAGAUAAGAUAACUUAUUAUAAUAACUCUAGAAUACAGCUCGCCUGUCUGGAACCCUCACCACAUUUCUGACAUCAAUAAAAAAAAAAAUACAAUUGAACGUGUCCAGAAAUACUUUACAAGAAGAGUUCUUCACUCCUCUGAAAACAACAAAAUACCUUAUCCCACCAGACUUGAAAUCUUGGGUUUAGAAAACUUAGAACUCCAUCGCCUUCGACAAGAUCUAAAUUUAACUCAUAGAAUCAUCUAUUAUAAUGUCCUUCCUGUUAAAGACUACUUCAGCUUUAAUUGCAAUAAUACAAGAGCAACCAAUAGAUUUAAACUUAAUGUUAACCGCUUUAAUCUAGAUUGCAGAAAAUAUGACUUCUGUAACAGAAUCAUCAGUGCUUGGAACACUUUACCUGACUCUGUGGUCUCUUCCCAUAAUCCCAAAAGCUUUAACCAAAAACUUUCUACUAUUGACCUCACCCCAUUCCUAAGAGGACCAUAAGGGGCAUGCAUAAGAGCACAAAUGUGCCUACCGUUCCUGUCCUAUUGUUUUUUUCUUCUUCUUAUAUAUAUAUAUGCUUAUACUUCCUUAUAUUUCCUCAUAUAUAUGUUUAUAUACUAUAUAAUCUUUUUGUGUGAUGCUUAUAUAUAUUGUUGUGACAAAUAAAUAAAUAAAUAAAUAAAUAAAAGAUAAAUUUCAUUCUCUGGGGCAGAGAGAGGGAGGACCAACCAUGGAGGAGAGUCAACCUCAAAACUGCCAUAUACAGCUCAUGAGAAUUUAUUUAAAACCUCAGUUCUCCAAUUUUGGAUCUCUGGUGUCAAAGAAAGAAAACAGAGAUAGGUAAGUGGUAUACUAGGAGAGGCUGUGCCUCUUUCCAGACAGGGGAAAGAGGAAUUUUCUAACCUCUAGAGCAGGGAUGUCAAACUCAAGGCCCGGGGCCUGGAUCUGGCCAGUGGGCUGCCCUGGAAACAGUGAAGGACUGGCCAGCAGUGCCAGUGCGAAAACAGAGCAUGGGAGGGCUGCAUGCCGAGGCUAUCGCAGCUGAAAACAGAGCUAGGGAGCCCGUUUUAGCUGGCAGAGCACUUGGGCCAUCACAGGCACCCUUGACUCGAGUGAUGUCGAGCUGGCCUGUCCACCCUGGCCAUGUCCACCCGGCCCUCCAAGGUCAAACACAACCCUCAUGCAGCCCUCAAUGAAAUUGAUUUUGACGCCCCUCCUCUAGAGCUAUAAAAAAAUUGUAUAGCUCUGUAGGAAAGAAAAAAAUACUCCUGCUCCUUCUUUUCUUUUCUGCUGACAGAUUCCAGAAAAGAAUUUGGAUCUCUUAGGGAGAUUCUAAUGUAGAACUAUUUACACCAGUCUUCAGGAUUGCUCUUUCUAACCAGAAGAGCAUAAUAAUAUAAGGAGACUUUUAAGUUUCUCAUAACAUUUUUGCAGUAAAGCAACCUCCUCUUGUUCUCUUUGUGCCUGUACAAAGGGAUAGAGAUAAAUAUAGGAAGAUAUAAAAUGGAAAUGAAACAGUUGGAAAAACAAUUGGCCCAUUCUCAUUUAUCUCCCAAUUCAAUUUGUUGCCUCAAACUGCAUUUGCUAAAACAAAUUACUAUUACAGCCAAGCUUCAUUCAACUGAAUAUCUCUAGUACUUUACGUGUAGGAUUCAGUAUUUAUUCUUAAAGCAUAAUCCAACAUUGGAAACAGUUUGAAAGCUCUUCUUUAUGCCAGAAUUUGAGCCAAAUUUCAAUGAUACAAAAUAAGCAAACCAUUUAUUAAAUUCAGAUUCUGCCAUAGUAAUUGGAUAUGAAUUUACCUCAAUUGUUGUUCUUUAACAUCAUGAAAGAAUCCCUCAGAGCCUCUUACUAUAGAAGGAUCAGUGAUGCAGAUCAGAUUAUAGAAUACCAAGCACAUAAAUAGGAAAUAGUUUAAAACCCAAACUUUUUCUAAUCUUGUAAAGAUCUACUGUAGCUUUUCUGGGCAGGUCAAGGUUCACAGUUACAAUUUAAAGCAUAUGUGAUGUAAUAGAACCAAUGGGGCUGCUUUUAGAAAUAUUGUUACGAUUUUGAAUUUCUUAUAAUACCUGAACAAGUAUCACUUUGGCAGAGACUUUUGUAGACACAAAUGUGUAGAGCUGAUUAGUGAGUAACAUAAGCAAACACUAGAUUCUCCAAGGGUGUAGAGAACCUGGGAAAUUUAUUCUGCCCACUCCCUUGAGCAUUUAGGGAUAGAAAAAUCAAAACAGAUUCAAACUAAGAACUCAAAGUAAUCAAGCAGGUGUCUUGCCUCUAGAUUUCUCUUUGUUGACCUCUGCUGUUUUUUCUUCUCUUCAAAACUCUGAAACAGAACUGACUUCUAGGAGGCUCAGUUAGACUGCUUGAAGGUUUUUUUGGGGUCUUUUCUACAUCAGCUUUGCUUCAGGGACAGCCUCAGCCAAAUUGCUGUCUGUGAAUUGUGCAGUAUUGUCUGGAUAAGUCUCCAACUGUUGAAUCCAGCCUUCCAUGGACAUUACUUCUUCUAGCCUUCCAAGAAGGGUGCUUUUACACGUAUUAAUACACUUUGUAAAAUAGCCUUUUGAAUACUCUCUGCAGCAUUAUAAAUGACAUCCACCAUAUGGAGAUUUUUAGAAACAGCAGCCCCAUAUCUGCGCAGGAGGGAUAGGAAGCCUGAGGCUUUAUAGUUGAUGUUGGAUUCCAGUUUGAUUGCAAAGCAAUAAGACGAAAUAAAUUCAGAGUGGCUAUCUACCUGGUUUGAAUUAUUUUCAUGUACAAAGGUGAGGGAACUUAAGAUCCUUCUCAGGCUUUCUGAGGUCAAAGCAUCCCUGUAGACAUAGAUAGCUACAGGAUAUAGCCAAUAAGCAGCAGAGGAAAUCCAGGGAUGGAUUUUUUUCCUUCUGCUAUGUAAUCCUGUUUUCUGCUUCAGAGAAAUAAAUAUGUCUGAUAAAUCCAUUUGUCCUGAUGACUUUAAUCAUUAUUUCAAUCACAGUAGCAAGAUUUGCUAUGACUGAGAAAUUUAUUGUUCUCUCAGUCAAGAUCUUAACAGCAGCAACAAAUGUAUAUACAAUAUAAAUUAUAAUAUAUGAAUAGCAUAAACAAUAUCAGUAGCUUAAUAAACAUUUGCCUUCCUUCAGGCUGAUAACACUGUAAUUGCAUUUUAAUUUUACUCCCACUGUGUCCAUUAAGCUCUUCAUAUUGAAUAAAAGUUAACUUAGUGUCUUACCUGUUAGCAGAAACCUAUUGUUUCUCAUCUUCCUGCAAUUGAAAUGAUGUGAUUAUUGUCAUAUAUUUUUUCAGAAUGAUAAAAGGAUAGUAGUUGAUUUCUAAGCUUCCUUUCAAUCUUCAGAAUUUGUUUAGUAUAUAAAACAAAUGUAUCUUUAGCUUCUAAUGAAAUAGUUGUUUUAGACUUGUUUCCAUCUUAUUUCUGUAGCUGUAUACUGUACAUGGCAUAAUUUUCAAGAAGACUUAAUGUUUUAUUCUGAAGACAUGUACUGUGAUCUAGAACGUCUAUGCACUGAGUUGCAUAGAAUUUUGACCCAACAAAUAUUGUCUUAUUUAUCAAGUGAACAAUAUAAGAAAUGUUUGGUGUGAUGUCUUCUCUGCCAAAGAAGAAAUCGAUAAAUUUAGCUGCCUAGCUACUUUUUUCCUAACAUUCUGAAGCCAUACUUAUUAAAUAACUGCAAUAUGCAUUAAAAAUUACUGACUUUAAAGAGAUUUAUUCCUCAAUAAGUCUAUAUACGAUUGAAUUCUUAAAUGUAAAACAGAAAUCUUUAUUCUUAGUUAAAUAUGUUGAUUUGUAAA